AUGCUAGGCACCUAUGUCUUGCGCGAUGACCUUCAAUUAGCGACCCCUCCUCCACACCCCUCUGAGGCACCCAUCAUCAAUCCAAAUCCCUUGUCCACGAGCGGGGUUCCUCCCACGAGCGGAGUCAAGUUAUCGCUGGUAUCUCUCAACCCCAAACAGGUCAAACCUGAACUCUACAAGGCCCCCACGGCGACAAGCAAACUCAAAGAGCUUAAAGAGCUCAAAGAGCUGGAGAAGGAUUCGCGAACGUCAUUGGAAACGACCAGCGACACCAGUAACCCGGCCGGUUCUGUGAAUGGCAGUAACCGAUCCACCAAUGUCCGCGCUUUUGGUGAAGGCAACGCGGCAUUAUCGCCGGUGAUGAGCAGGGAAGGUCUCAAACGGCGGAAACCCAAGAACAACAUCAUCAAGAGCAAUUCUUCAUUUGUAUCCCGAGUGAUCCCACACGAGGCCCUUGCCAAGAAGCUGGUGGAGAGAGAUCAGGGAGGUCUCUUUGCUUUUGUGAAUAUCAAUCGAGCUUUUCAAUGGCUCGAUCUGUCCACGAGCAGCAAGGCCGACCCAUUGACCAAGAUUCUCUUCACCAAGGCGCACAUGCUCUGUCAUGAUGUCAAUGCGACGACUAAGCAUUCGUCACAUAUCGACCUGGUGAUGGGGUCCUCGGCGAGCGAUAUUAUCUGGUACGAGCCGAUGUCGCAAAAGUAUGCCCGGAUCAACAAAAACGGCAUGAUCAACAACAGUGCGGUUUCCAAGAUCAAAUGGAUUCCAGGCUCGGAAAACCAUUUUCUAGCUGCCCACAUGGACGGGACGCUGGUGGUCUACGACAAAGAAAAGGAGGAUGCUCCAUUUGUUUCCGAGGAGUUGGUGGACGAGGCCAUCAGUAUUGAAGACGAAGACCAGUCCACCUUGGUGAUCACCAAGAGUGUGAACUCGGCGAAUCAAAAGGCGAACCCGGUCGCCUGUUGGAAAAUCUCGAACCAGAAUAUCAGCGAUUUCGCCUUCUCGCCUGACAGCAAGCAUCUUGCGGUUGUUGGUGAUGAUGGAUAUCUUCGCAUCAUCGACUACUUACUAGAAAGGUUGACUGACUUAUACUCAUCUUACUACGGCGGUUUUACCUGUGUAUGCUGGUCUCCGGAUGGCAAGUACGUGCUUACUGGCGGCCAAGACGAUCUUGUUACUAUAUGGUCUCUCGCUGAGCGCCAAAUUAUCGCACGGUGUUUUGGUCACGAUUCGUGGGUUACGGCAGUGGCCUUCGACCCCUGGCGGUGCGACGAGAGAACCUAUCGGUUUGGCAGCGUCGGAGACGACUGUAAAUUGUUGCUCUGGGAUUUCAAUGUUGGAAUGUUGCACCGUCCGAAAGCGGUAACAGCGAGGACAAGAGGUAGUAUAUCGAUGCAGACGGUUUCGCUGCUUCGACAACGGACGGAGAGUUCCGGACUCGCAAAUCGGCUGCGAUCUGAUUCGAACAGAACGGGCACGCAGAGUGUUGCGCCAGAAGUGGUGGAUGAGUCCCAAUUCCUCAGCCAUUCUGUCGAGUCGCGGGCGCGGACAGCUCAAUUACCACCGGUCAUGUCCAAGAAAAUUGAUGACCAUCCAUUGAGCGGACUCGCCUUUGAACAGGACUGUAUAAUAACGACGUGUCUGGAAGGGAAUAUGCGAACGUGGAACCGACCUCGAGAAGGUGUGAACAGCAGCCAGAUCAACCUGGCGGAAACCCCCAAGUCGUAA